AUGGCGGUAGUUGCACGAUCUCGACGGAGCGAGACGCGGUCGGGAUCUAGAUCGUCGUCGUCGGAGGUCCCGCAAGGUAGAAGCGAAGCCAGAGUCCACAAGCAGCGCAAGCUUCCCACCAAGCAAUACCCCAGUGCAGCAUGGAGCAGGAUGGAAGAUAUCAUCAAGCAGCUUUAUUGCGAAGAGCGGGUGCCUGUGGCGGAGCUCAUUCGCCGUUUACACGGCAUGGGUUUUGAAGUCAAUGAGCGUAUGCUGCACACGCGUAUCCGCAAAUGGAAAAUCGGCCGCAAUCAUAAAUUCAGCGAAAUGAAAAUGGCCGCUUACCUUCUGGCGGAAUAUCUUGAUCGUCAGCAGCAGCAAUUGAACCUUUCAGCGACUGGACAACGCACCACAGUAAACAAGCGUGCUGGCAUGCCGAGCUUUGACAUCCGUGGCGAGCGUGUGGACUACAAGGAAGUGAAACGCUACUUCCGACGGAAGAAGAUCCUAGAUCCUGUGAGCUGGGUCAAGGGGGAGAAAGACGGGUUGGAGUUAAGCGAAGACGUCGUCAUUGUUGAACAUGCUGAUCCUGUCUCUGUUGGUGAAGUUCGAUCCUCCGAGGAUGAUGAUGAAGACACAUCUGACCAGGAGCACGAAGAGUUUCAGCUUUUGGGCGAACAGGGCGGGCAAGCUGCUCCCGAGCAUGUCGCCGACGACUCCAACAAUACUCAUCAGACGUCAAAUGUGCCCUACCUCGACGACGGGCACUUCACCUUGAUACAAGGCUUGCCACACACCGAUGUCAAUGACUCUGUCUUUUCAGUGCCAGCUCUUUUUCGCCCACAACCAUAUUACGCCAUUGAGCACCUCAACCGAAGCAUGAUGAUAUAUAUGAGUUCAUACUUAUCGUCCCCUGCCUCGAACGCCGACCUGGAACCGGUCGUCCACGCGCACACCGUUCACGCGAUCUUCGCGUCCAAGAUACAGGAUGGAAUCUCGCUGCUGGCCAACGUUUCUCCACAGGCCGCAAAGGCACGGCUACGAAGACCAGAAGUCAAUGCGGCGAAGGCCUUUGCCAGUUUCGACAACGGGUUUGGACUGGUCCGCCGGAUUCUUGAGAACAAUAACCCGAUGUCUCUUGCACUGAUGCUCAGUAUUGUGUGCGAACUGGCCGAUCGCACCGUGACUGCCGGGAUGAUGACCCCGACCAUCGGGGUCCUUCUGACGAAAUUACUCACAUUCGUACACGAGAUGGCCGUGGAGGUUUGUGGACGAGGACACCCGUUGACCGUCUUCUUUGACAUCCUGGUACGGGAGUACAUGUCUCCAACAAUUUUGUCUUCCUCUGGGUCUCUGCCUGUGAUGGAACUCAUCCUCACCUCUCUCAACCUCGCACUGGCCCAAUUCGCCCUGUUGUCCACUCGACAGAGUGCUCAGGAUUGGAAGCAGCUCUACGUGCGCGAACGCCUCUGCGACGCUCUCUACUACUGCGGCUCGCCCUACCUGGUUACGCGCGCGAACAUGCGAAGACGGCUCCUUCACGACCAAGAAGCAACAUACGGCCCCACGGCGAGGAAUGUUUUAUGGACCUUGACCAACGUGGCUGACGACUGUCUCGCAGAUGGCGACGUCGAUCGGGCGAUUGGACACUUUCAGGACGCCCUCGACAGGGCCGAGACCUUGGUGGAUGGCUACGGACGAGUGAAGUCUACUUUCGCCGCUCGCGAGGGGUUGGGGAGGUGCUGGCUGCGCAAAGCCCAGGACGCAGAAGCAGAGGCACUCUGGCAAGAGGAGCAGAGUCGAGGGCGAGUCUGUGCCGAGAGCGCCUUCGACCAGUUCCAUUCCGCACGGGGUUCCAAUCCACAAACAAGCCCAGGCUCUGCCUGCUGCUCAUGCCAUUUUCACCAGUCUACCCGGUCCCACCCUUCGUCUUCAGAGAGUAGUGCCGACAACACGAGGCCCUCAACCCCGGUCGGGUCUGGCUCGUCGGCCGCGAGCUCGAGCUCGCCGCCGCCGCCGCUGCAGGAGCCAUGUCCAACAAGCACGAAAACUCAUGGUGGUUCACAUCAACACCGCAACUAUCACAACCACAGUCGACACCACGAGGAGUCACCCGCCGCGCACAAGCGGAGAGAAUACCUCACCAGGGCCUACCGCUACUUCGUCGCGGCCGAGGACGAGGCGCGCACGUAUUUCGAGGCAUCUUCCCGACGCACUACGCGGGUGAAUCUGCGCCGGCAAGAAGUGGCCGAGCUGUUGGGAAUCGUGGCCACGCCCGAGUCGAGCUCGGGGUCUGGGUCUGGGUCUGGAUCUGGAUCCGAGGACGAGGGCCGCGCGAUGAGUGCCGACGUCAGUGCCGACAACGCCGCGAGAUUACCCGCUUCGACGAUGGCGACGGCGACAAAUAUCAAUCUCGUGCUGGCGUCCUCUUCUUCAAACUUUGGCUUUGGCUUUGGCGCGUAA